CACACCUUCGGGCUCCUCCUGAUCACUAAGAUGGGACUGACCGUGUCCAUGCUGAGUCUCCUCCUCUGCAUCCUCACCUUCAAGUUCUGCCGCUCCAUACAAGGGACUCGAACCACCAUCCACCUGCACCUGUGUGUCUGCCUCUUCAUGGCCAACCUUGUCUUUCUGGCGGGCAUCUCACAAACCAAACCUGAGGGUGGCUGCAGGUUGGUUGCAGCCAUGCUUCAUUUCUUCUUCCUGGGAGUGUUUACCUGGAUGCUGUUAGAGGGGGUGCAGCUGUACCGUAUGGUGGUCCUGGUGUUCAACGCCACCAUCCGGCCCCUCUACUUAUUCAUGGCUGGUUACGGGGCUCCUCUGGUGAUCCUCAUCCCGUCGGUCAUCAUUCGGCCUGCGGGAUACGGCACUGACCAGCACUGCUGGCUGUCUCUGAGUGACGGCCUCAUCUGGAGCUUCUUCGGCCCCGUGUGCCUCAUCAUCAUCCUCAACAUCUUCUUCUUCAUCAUCACCAUCUGGAAGCUCGCUCAGAAGUUCUCCAGCCUCAACCCUGACCACUCCAAGCUGCAAAAAGUCAGAGCGUUCACAAUGACCGCGAUCGCCCAGAUGUGCAUACUCGGUCUGAUGUGGGUCUUUGGGGCCUUCCUGUUUGAAGAGGGCCCCAUAGUGGUAGCUUAUCUCUUCACUAUCCUGAACAGCCUGCAGGGGGCGCUGGUCUUCAUCAUGCAUUGUCUGCUGUCUAAACAGGUGAGAGAGGAGUACGCCCAUUUCCUGUCCUGUAUCUGCACAUCACAGAAGAAGAGAUACUCAGACUUCAGCAGUACAAAUCCGUCCAGUAGUCAGUCACAGGCUUCUGGCAGUGGGCAGCACACAGGAGAGUCCCAAAUCUGAAGCUCUUCUCUCCACCAAUGUUGGGGAGCUCUGUGUGAAUGUUAG